AUGACAGGAGAUUUAAUUUCUCAGCCUGACACGAAGAGCAACUGCAGCAGUGCAGACCGGGCACCCUCCAGCAUAAAUUCUGUGGUCCUCUGCCAAGCCGUCCGCAGAAGUAUCUUCAGCUCUAGCACAUCUUCAGCAGCUGAGAGGGUUAGCCUGAUCCUGAGACAGGAGGAGAAGAAUGAAGAAGCAAGCUGUCCCGUACUAUUUAUACAGCUCUCCGAGCUCUUCAGUACAGCUGAAGGACAGGAAUGGAGGCAAACUGCCAGGUGGAUAAAGUUUGAAGAAAAAGUAGAAGAUGGAGGAGAACGUUGGAGCAAGCCUCACGUCACAACUCUGCCCCUUCAUAGUUUGUUUGAAGUUAGGACCUGUAUAAGAAAAGGAACUGUUCUUCUAGACUUGGAAGCUCAUAAUUUUAAACAAAUAGUUGAAAAAGUGAUUGAUAUCCAGAUAGAGAAACAGGCCUUCAAGCCGGAACUCUUGAAGAAACUUACCUAUGUCUUACUCCUCAAACCUUAUCAUCAUGCAACCAAAUCUCAACUGAGGAUGCUUUUUGAAAUGGUCAAGUCCCCUUGUGCUGAUAGGGCUAACAGACAUUCAGAUGCAAAGUGUGAGGUCUCAGAGGUACCAUUAACGGAACAGCUAAAAAAUCGGUUUAAAAAGAAAAUUCCAGCUGGAACUGAAGUGGCCAACAUUCUUGUAGGAGAAGCCUCUUUCCUAGAAAAGCCCUUCAUUGCUUUUGUACGCCUGCAAAACUCAUUGCUUCUUGGAAGCUUGACUGAAGUUGCUUUUCCUAGCAGAUUCCUCUUUAUCCUGUUGGGUCCCAGAGCCAGAUUGAAGGCCUACCAUGAAAUUGGCAGAGCAAUGGCAACUCUCUUAACAGAUGAACUUUUCCAGAGAAUUGCUUGGAAAGCAAAAGAUACUGAAGACCUUGUUGCAGGAAUUGAUGAGUUUCUGGAUGAGCUGACUGUCUUACCACCAGGCAAAUGGGAUCCAACCAUUCGAAUUUGUCCCCCCAAAAGUUUGCCCUCAGCACAGAAAAGAAUCUCCAUGUGCAUCCGUGACAGGAGUCCUCAUGCUAAUGGAAACAAAUCUGCUGUGGAUGACCGACAGGCUCAUGGACACCAGUAUAUAAGUGAAGAGCUGGAGAAGACUGGAAGGCUAUUUGGAGGGCUAUUAAAGGAUAUCCAGCGAAAAGCCUCUUGGUAUGGCAGUGACUUCUCUGAUGGCCUCAGCCUCCAGUGUCUCUCAGCCAUCCUCUAUAUCUACCUGGCUACAGUCACCAACGCAAUCACCUUUGGAGGAAUGCUGGGAGAUGCCACAGAUAACAUGCAGGGUGUCCUGGAAAGCUUCCUGGGUACUGCCUUCGCCGGUGCAUUUUUCUGCCUAUUUGCUGGGCAGCCUCUCACCAUCCUGAGUAGCACUGGGCCUGUUCUUGUCUUUGAGCGUCUUCUGUUCUCCUUCAGCAAAGACCACAGCUUGGAUUAUUUAGAAUUCCGCCUCUGGAUUGGCUUGUGGGUGGCCUUCUUCGGCCUUAUCCUGGUGGCUACCGAAGCUAGUUACUUGGUGCAAUACUUCACACGCUUCACUGAGGAAGGCUUCUGUGCCCUCAUCAGUUUCAUUUUCAUCUAUGAUGCCGUGAAGAAGAUGCUGUCCCUGGUGGAACAUUACCCGGUCAAUUGGGAGUAUAAAAUCAACGACAUCAUCUUGUAUAGCUGUACCUGCCAUCUGACUGAGACAGGCAAUGCCUCUGUCCUGAACCAGACUCUGUUCUCUAAUCUCAGCAGUUUUGAACAGCAAUCGGAUGUGGAAUCGGGGAACUGGUCCCUCCUGACCAAGGAUCAGUGUAUGCAACUAGGGGGCCAUCUAGUGGGCAACAGUUGCAACUACGUGCCUGACAUCACUUUCAUGUCCUUCAUUCUGUUUCUGGGAACGUUGUUCUGUGCUAUGGUCCUGAAAAAAUUUAAAUCAAGUCGCUAUUUUCCCACUGGUGUAAGGAAGCUAGUGGGCGAUUUCUCCAUUAUUCUGACAAUCCUCAUCUUCUGUGGAAUUGAUGCUGCUCUUGGAUUAGAGACACCAAAGCUUCUUGUUCCAGAAACAUUCCAGCCUACAAAUCCCAAGCGAGACUGGCUCGUGUUUCCAUUUGGAGCAAAUCCCUGGUGGAUAUACUUAGUGUCUUCAGUACCUGCCAUUCUAGUUACCAUCCUCAUCUUCAUGGAUCAACAGAUAACAGCUGUCAUUCUCAAUCGCAAGGAAUAUAAACUGCAGAAAGGGGCAGGAUUUCAUCUAGAUUUCCUCUGUGUUUCCCUACUGAUGAUUGUUACAUCGUUUAUGGGUUUGCCCUGGUAUGUGUCCGCCACAGUCAUAUCUCUGGCGCAUAUGGACAGCCUUAAGAAAGAAAGCACUACCAGUGCUCCAGGAGAACAGCCAAAGUUCCUCGGAAUCAGGGAACAAAGAGUUACAGGAUUGAUGGUCUUUAUUCUCACAGGAUUGUCUGUGUUUCUUGCUCCUGUGCUCAAGUUUAUCCCAAUGCCUGUGCUGUAUGGCAUUUUCUUUUAUAUGGGUAUAUCUGCACUUAGCAGUAUUCAGUUCAUGGAGAGACUUCAACUCUUGUUGAUGCCUGCUAAACACCAGCCAGACUUCAUUUAUCUACGCCACGUUCCACUACGCCAAGUGCAUCUUUACACCUUCAUUCAGAUCUUCUGCCUUGCUGUCCUGUGGCUCAUUAAGUCAACUGCAGCUGCCAUUAUCUUCCCUUUAAUGCUGCUAGCUCUAGUGGGUAUCCGGAAGGCAAUGGAAUACAUCUUCUCUCUACAACAUCUGAGUUGGCUGGAUGAUAUUAUGCCAGAAAAAGACAAAAAGGAGGAAGAAGAAAAGCUGAAGAGGAUACAAGAUCAGGAUGAGAGUGACAGUGAAGAUACUGAACUUAUGUACCAAGAAAAAGGACCAGAAAUCAAUAUCUCUGUGAACUAG